AUGACUGUGUCUGUGUCUACACCAGCUAUCUCGCCGCCAAGGAUGCUUCCUUUAGGGACGAGUCAACCCCCCGGCGACAAAUAUGCAAUUAGCCUAUCAUUGCCAACAUGGGACUCGGUCCCUGGCCGACCCCGUGGCUACAAUUGGGUGCUUGAGAAACUGCAGGCAAAUUAUCCAAGCAUCGUGCAACAGUUAACCAGCGCUGUCCUGGAGCGGUGCGCAAUCCCAGCGGAACGGAUGCAUUGCCUUGUGUUCUCCUCCAAACAUGCAGCAAGGCGAUGUAUAGUGUAUCUUCAGAAGCACCAUAGCUCGGACAUUCAAACUGACGUGGUAUCUUUCUACAUAUCCCACGAGGCUACUAUCCCAAUAAGCACAAACUGGGACCGGUUCUAUGCGGUGAUAUACGAUGUUGAUGCUAAGGUGGAAGCAAGCGAGUUCUGGUCUAUAUUUGGCGACGGGAUUUCCAGUCGGCAUGCGGAGUUUUGUCUUCAGCUCUGGCUCUAUACGUGCUCUGAGUCUCGUAAUAAGUCGUGGCAGUUCUACACAAGCACCGGUAUUGGCACUGGCACUGACAGGACACCUAUCCGGAUGCUCGAGUCGCUAGAUGCAGAGCAAGCGGCAAAAACAGAGAUUAGGGACCGGAUUGCGAACUUGAUUGCGUCUGAUAAUCCUGAGUUCACUCCCCCAUCGGCAACAGAUGUAUUUCUUUACACAAACGGGAUGUCCGCUAUUUCUGCCAUGGCACGAGCCCUGGUCCCAGAGAAAAAGACGCUUCGGAAGCAAUGGCCCUACGCUGAAACCCCCAAAUGCGUGAGCAACUCUGGCUAUGAACGCUUUAAAAUCUAUAGCCAGGGAACAACAGACGAGCUGGAUCAGCUAGAAGCAUCACUCGCGUUGGGAUCACGCAUCCGCGUCUUGUUUUGUGAAGUUCCGUCAAAUCCGCUCCUUCGAACUCCCGAUCUUCAUCGAAUCCGAAGUCUCGCAGAUCAGUACGACUUCAUUGUUGUUUGCGAUGAGACGCUUGGCACAUUCGUUAAUGUGGAUAUACUGCCAUACGUAGAUGUGGCUAUCACAAGUCUAACUAAGGUUUUCAAUGGCUCCGGAAACGCUAUGGGAGGGAGUGCCGUCGUCAACCCGCAAAGCCGCUAUUACAGCGAAGUACAUGCCAAACUAACAGAUAUAUAUGAGGACCUCCUUUUCCCAACUGAGGCGCUUGUGCUCGCCGAGAACUCACGAGAUUUCCAAGCACGCGUCCACAAAUCCAGCGCCAAUGCCCUGGCUCUGGCUACUUUCCUUUCAUCACACCCGAGUAUCGAGUCCGUGCUUUACCCAUCCUUGAUACCUACCAGGAAACUCUAUGAUCACUACCGUCGCAAGAAUGGCGGGUAUGGAUAUGUAAUGAGUCUCCUGUUCCGGGAACCAAACGAUGCUAUAAGAUUUUAUGACACGUUGGAUAUGUGUAAGGGUCCAAGUAUUGGGACGAAUUUUAGUCUGGCCAUUCCAUAUGCACAACUCGCGCAUGUCUUCGAUCUAGAUUGGGCUGAGUCCCAAGGGAUUCCAAAGCAUAUUGUGAGACUUAGUGUUGGAUUGGAAUCGGAGGAUGAUUUGGUGGAGUGUGUUUCUAGAGCGUUGGAGGGUCUCGUAUCCCCUUAG